CUUGAUGUCUUCAGGUACGAACGCUUCGGCGUCCGACCAGCUGAGUCUGGCCCUGGCCUGGAACCGCGUGGACAUCGCUCGGAGCCAGAUCUUCGUCUACGGCCUGCACUGGCCCGUGAGCACUUCGGCAUUCCUCGGUCUGUCCGUCUGACCUCAUCUCUGACCUCAGCAUUUCUGUUUCUCAGCCUGCCGGCGCCGUGGCGGCUGACCGGCCCAAAAGCCCGGCGGCGCAGCGCCAACCGGCCGGAAAGGGAAAAGUCAGAGGAAAGAAAGGCAAAGGAGGGAAAGCCAAAGCGGAACUGCCGGAGGAAACCGACCCGCGGAAACUGGAGCUGCUCAGCUGGGUGAACUCCCUGGAACAGGCCAUGAUGGACGCUCUGGUUCUGGACCGGGUGGACUUUGUGAAGCUCCUGAUUGAAAACGGCGUCAACAUCCAUCACUUCCUGACGAUUCCGCGCUUAGAAGAACUUUACAACACGAAGCUGGGUCCUGUGAAUACGCUCCACUUUGUGGUACGAGACGUGAAGAAGGGGAAUCUUCCUCCAGAUUACCAGAUUACUCUGAUCGACAUUGGGCUGGUUCUGGAGUUCCUAAUGGGUGGGGCCUACCGCUGCAACUACACCAGGAAGAACUUCAGGACACUGUACAACAACCUGUACGGUCUGAAACGACCCAAAGCUCUGAAGUUGCUUGGGAUGGAGGACGAUGAGCCGCGGCCAAAGGGAAAAGGGAAGAAGAACAAGAAGAAGGAGGAGGAGGUGGACAUCGAUGUGGAUGACCCUGAGGUCAGCAGGUUCCAGUAUCCCUUCCAUGAGCUCAUGGUGUGGGCUGUGCUGAUGAAGCGCCAGAAGAUGGCGCUGUUCCUGUGGCAGCGGGGCGAAGAGGCCAUGGCCAAAGCUCUGGUGGCUUGUAAGCUCUACAAGGCCAUGGCCCAUGAAUCCUCCCAGAGCGAGCUGGUGGACGACAUCUACCAGGACCUGGAGAACAACUCCAAGGAGUUUGGUCAGCUGGCCUAUGAACUGCUGGAUCAGUCGUACAAACACGACGAGCAGCUAGCCAUGAAGAUGUUGACCUAUGAGCUGAAGAACUGGAGUAACUCCACCUGCCUGAAGCUGGCUGUAGCUGCCAAACACAGAGACUUCAUCGCUCACACCUGCAGCCAGAUGCUGUUGACUGACAUGUGGAUGGGCUGUCUGAGGAUGGGCAAGAGCAACAGCCUGAAGGUGAUUUUAGGAAUUAUUUUCCCCCCCGCCAUCCUGUUCCUUGAAUUCAGACUUGGAGAUGAAACUUCUCACCAUUCAUGGAAAGAAAACACUACUGGGAAAACUAAAGAUGAGAAUAAAUCCAACAAGGAUGCCGCCUCCAAUGUCGACACAACGUCCAAGAAAGGAGAUGAAGAAGAGAACCAGAAGAAAAACCUAAGGAUUCCCAUUGGGAGGAAGAUCUACGAGUUUUACAACGCCCCUUUCACCAAGUUCUGGUUCAACACGAUCUCAUACCUGGUGUACCUCAUGCUCUAUAACUACAUCAUCCUGGUGAAGAUGGAACGCUGGCCCUCUCUGCAGGAGUGGAUAGUCAUCUCCUACAUUAUCACCCUGGGGCUGGAGAAAGUCAGACAGAUCCUCAUGUCAGAGCCAGGGAAGCUGAAACAGAAGAUCAGUGUGUGGUUGGAGGACUACUGGAACAUCACUGACCUGGUGGCCAUCUCUGUCUUCCUGCUUGGCCUCCUGCUGCGGCUCCAGGGCGAGCCCUCCAUGGGCUAUGGACGAGUCAUCUACUGUGUUGACAUCAUCUUCUGGUACAUCCGUGUCCUUGACAUCUUUGGAGUCAACAAGUACCUGGGCCCCUACGUCAUGAUGAUCGGCAAGAUGAUGAUUGACAUGCUGUACUUCGUAGUCAUCAUGCUGGUGGUGUUGAUGAGUUUUGGGGUGGCUCGGCAGGCCAUCCUCCAUCCAGAUGAGGAACCCACAUGGCGCCUGGCCAGGAACAUCUUCUACAUGCCGUACUGGAUGAUCUACGGAGAAGUGUUUGCAGACUCCAUAGACCGUAAGACUAGCGUCCAUAGUAAGCCAUCUGUUAAUCUCCCCUCAGUUUCCCCCAUCCUGGACCUGACUGCCUGGGCUCCAUGUGGAGACAACAUGUAUGAUGAAGAUGGGAAGAAGCUUCCUCCAUGUAUUCCUGGAGCCUGGCUGACCCCGGCCAUCAUGGCGUGUUACCUGCUGGUGGCCAACAUCCUCCUGGUCAACCUGCUCAUUGCCGUCUUCAAGUUAGUUUACACUUCAACAGGAUCUACAGACAGAUCAGUUCCUGGUUUUCAGCAGAACGCUGCUUUCAGUCAGACCUGA